AAUACACAAUGGCUAAACCAAAAUGUUCGCUGAAUACUUGCCCCUUUCAUCAAAACACACCCCUUGUGAUCGAUAGUUUUAUAUUCAAUUUUGAAUGCGCCUUUCUUCAUUAGGUGAGCAAACAACAAACUUAAAGAAACCGCGAUUUGCUAUCAUCGCUGAUUGGUGGUUGAAAUCAAACAGCCAAAGCUCCGCCUAUCCGACGUGACGCAUGUGACCGUAACACGGAAACGACGACACUGACGUCGCCUGUCUGCAAAUCCCGAGGCUUCCACUGAAAUAAGACUCACACAGGCUUGUGAGUCCACGUUAACUUCCAUUUUAGAGCGACGUGUGGUCAUGAUGGACUUUUAAUCUUAUUAAGACUGCAAUGGAAGCUCCAGUCACAGCCGCCCCACCUCCUCCCAACUCCUCCGCCCUGCCGGCCCCUCUUCCCCUGCAUCCGGCUCUGGCCCCCUCAGUCCAGCUGGGCUUCACCAUCCUGUACACGACCUUGUACGCUGUACUCUUCCUGGUGGUGUACGCCCAGCUCUGGCUUCUCUACCUCUACCGACACAAACGAUGGAGCUACCAGAGCAUCUUUCUCUUCCUCUGCCUGCUGUGGGCCUCACUUCGCACCACCUUGUUUUCUUUCUACUUCCGCAACGCACUGGAGGCCAACCACCUCCCUGUGGCUGUCUACUGGCUGCUCUACUGCUUCCCCGUCUGCCUGCAGUUCUUCACGCUCAGUCUUAUCAACCUGUAUUUCACUCAGGUGCUACUCAAAGCGAGAGAAACUUACAGUGCAGAAGUGGACAGACGACUAUGUGUGGCCCGUUGCACGUACGGGGCACUGAACGCCAUCUUCUUCUGCGUCAACGUGGCGUGCGCCACUCUCGGGGACCGCGGUGACGGCACGGGGCAGGGGGAGAGGACCUGGAAUCUGGUACUGGUCCGGGUUCUGGUCAACGACUUGCUCUUCAUUCUGGACGCAGUGUUGCUGGCCGCUGUGCUGUUGCUGCUGACGCGCCACUCUCACUCUACUGGCCCGUACCUGAGCAGCAAGGGGACCAGCGUGUGUCGCACGGCCGCACUUGGAGCGGCGGUUAUCUUUUUGUUUGCCAGCAGAGCUUGCUACAACCUCAGCGUCCUCAUCCUGUCCCAGAACCACCAUGUUGAGUCUUUUGACUUUGACUGGUACAACGUCUCUGACCAGGCGGACCUGCGUAACGAGCUAGGCGAUAGAGGCUACCUGGCGUUUGGCGCCAUCCUCUUCAUCUGGGAGCUGCUGCCAACCAGUCUGCUCAUCCUCAUCUUCAGAGUUCGCAGACCUACACAAGAGGUCAGCAGUCUGACCAUCAACAACAGAGUCCUACCUCGCCCUUAUUUCUUUGAUGACCCUCAAGGCGGCGACGAGGAGGAGUCGGUUCCUUGGACUCGCAGCUACCAGCCACACUCAAACUGGUUUGGAUCAGAGACGACCCCACUCCUGUUUGCCAAUAAGCCUGCAGACCAGAACCACCAGCACCACUCUUUCUAUUCCACCCCCCAAAACUGACCCACCCCACUCAGGGCAAAGAUAAGCUGCUUAGUAGCCAGUACAAACAGUGUGUGUGUGUGUAUAUUAGUGUGUUUUUGCACUGAAAAUCUCAGGAAUUGUCCCCAAGCGGCAAACAUGCACCUUGUGUUUUUAGCGACAAAGGGAACCAACACCCAGACAUGAAUUGCCAAACAUCAUACUCAGUGAUGUUACAUCCAGUAGUUAACUGUACUGUAUAUUACCUAAAAAUGCCCCGUUAUCAUUCCUUUUUAAGAGUCUUAUAAGCAUGCACUCUGUCCCAUUUGUUCAUGUAACCAUUCCAAUGUCUUCUUUUAAAGAUGUUUUUGUUUACUCUUCUCCUUUAUUAUUCUGAAUUUUGACCAAUGUUUAACUUUUAAGUUUUACAGGUAAUUCUGAAAAGUGAGUCCAAUGUGGAUCUAAUCAUUUACUAUGCAAACCCACAACUAAAGCUUGUCCAGACUGUUGCUAAGGAACGCAGGUGUGCGUGUGUCAAAUUUGUAUUUAUUACAUGACACAUUGCAACGCCGUCACAGACAGUGAAAUGUGGCACGUUAUUAUGCACUGAUAUUUAGAUAAAAAAUAGGGAUGUCCCAUCAGUGCCAUUGUUUAAUAUUACUCCACAUGAAGCUAAAUAGCUAGUCAGUGAGCACUGUGGUUGCUCACUUUCAGGUAAACACUGCAGUAAAAAACUGCACGUCACCAGCCUACCCUGUUCUCGUAAAACGUCUCAAUGGCACACGCCAUUUAAACAAGUAGUUUGUCCAACACCGCUCAUCAGUCCGUUUAUUCUAUCUGUACAAUUCACCCUAUUAAAACUCUUUAUACAGUAUGUACAUUCGAAUAAAUCUAUGUUACAGCACUUGCAAAGUUGAAAAAAACAGGAUGCAAAAGUGCAAAGAAAAGAAAAUGUUUCAAUCCUGUUUCAAUUGUUUAGACUUGAAAAGAUCACUGUGCACAAGCCUUCUACUCAGCUGGCUGAUUAAAGAGAAACAAAUCGUGCAGGCACCGACAUCAAUGAAACCAUCAAAUUCUAACCUAAACAGUCUCCUACGUUAAGUCCAUCAAAAGUGCCUGCAGUCCUCUCAUUCCACUAUUUAUUGUGUGGCCAAACAGCAGUGAAAAGAAGAAAAAAAAAAAAAACAUGCUAUGAAUCAAGUCACAUGAGUGGAAAAAUCCCGGCAGCCUGACGUGAUCUCAAAGUGGAUCCUGUGGAAGGCGAGAGGCAUAGAGAGGAGGGGCUCAGAAAGCAUCACCAACAUAUCAUCUGGGUUCAAAGCUCCUUGCUGUUGGUCCGUUUGCCUCCAUGUGUUCAAUUGUCUGGAGGCACAGGUGAUGCCGUUUCCAGCUUCCGAAGACGCCGGCGCCUCAGCUCAGCGGCGUUGGGCUCGCCGUCUUCAUCCUCUGAUCCUUCAUCAGUUUUAUCCGCUCUCUCACCAUCUGCCGAGUCUUCCAUCUGGGCUGUGGCUGUGCUCACUGAGGCAGCAAGAAUGAAAUAUUACAUGAUUGAUAUUAACUUGAUGUGUUUAUAGCAUGGACAUUCUUACAGCUGGGGGAGGAGUUCUUCUCUUGGCUGGGGCCAUCGGUGCUGGUACCAGCAGUGGAGAAGGAAGCAGUGCUGCUGUCUGCCCUUGGAGGACUGCAAAGAAAGCAGACGUUCAUAAAUAACAUUGUCUUUCCGGGUUAAUUGUCCCAACAAUGUUUUUUAGCAUAUAAAUUCAAUAGAUUCAAGAUUCAAGAGUUUUAGUGUCAUAUGCACAGUAAGACAGGUAGUUACACUAUGCAAUGAAAUUCUUAUUCUGUUCAUUGUCUCAAAAAAGAAAGAAAACACAAGAAAAAGAAAAGGAACAGAAGAAACAAUACCAAUAAAAGAAGAAACAUUAACAAUAAAUUAAGCAACAACAAAAGAGACAUUAAUACAAUUAAAUAAAGUGUUAUGAGUGUGUGCGUGUGUUGCGUGCGGCGUGUGUGAGUGCUUCGUUGAGAAGCCUGAUGGCCUGUGGGUAAAAGCUGUUUGCCAGCCUUGUGGUCCUGGACUUCAAACUCCUGUAGCGUCUGCCUGACAGGAGGAGUGUGAAUAAUGAGUGUUGUGGAUGUGUGGAGGCUGUAAGGAUAUGUGAAAGAAUGUUGACAACUUGUCUAAGUCGUUUCCGCUUACGUCGUCAACUCAACUACGUAGGUCAACCCCGCUGCAUAAUUCUUACAACUAAAAAAAAAUUACUACAUGAAAAAACAAGAUUGAAAAAUAUACACAAAUGGAGGAAAUGAUGAAAUAAACUGUUGCAGCAUGUCCACCCAUAGGGGCCUCACUAAUGUAAUCUAAACAAAUCAUAUGAGAGAAAAUGCAUUGUGCACCUGAUCGACUUAUUUUCCAGACUGUAAGGAGACGUAACCAUACAAGCCAUAAUGAUUGUGAGCAGAAGGUCUGCUUACGUGAGCGUGGCGACGGUGCUGAGGUAAUGGUGGAUGUUAAGCAUAGCAGCGUCCAGCAGGGUGUGGAUGUUUUGGAGACACUGGAGUCUGGCCUCCAGGCCCCGUCGACCCUCCACCUCCAGCUCCCUCAGCUCCUCCUCUGACAGGCGCGAUAGAGACGGUGGAGGAGGAGGCAUUGAUGACACUGAAAGCCAAGGGAGGUGUUAAAUUCAAACAUGCCAUUUUUAGAUAGUAACACUUAAAUAGACAAGAAUACUUCUGUAAGGUUCAUGUGUGCCAAGUGCAGCUGCAAAGUGAAAUACAAUUGCAGACUGUUUAUGUGGCUAAAGCUUACUAAAAGGAGGAGGCGGUGGUGGCAUGGGCAGCCACGGUGCACUAGGGAAGGGAGGAGGAAUGGAGAAAGGGAAUCCUGGCAUUGUGGAGCCUGGAGCAGCUGCUGAGGCUGCGUCCGCACUGGAUGAAGUGGACUGGCUGGUACCUGAUGGAAGCAAGCAUACUAGUUGAGCAAGUCAGACUCUUCU